CCCUGCUACCUGCCGGAGUCUAGUAGACGCAGCGGCCACGGCCACGGCCCCGCAGCGGCCGAGGCGGCGGCGGACCUUCUCUAGAUGAAAGGCACUGGGCAGGCGCUGGGGCUCUGGCGGCGAAACUGGGCCCGAGGACUCCGGCGCUGACCAGGAGCAGAGACAAGCAGGGGCUAAAAUGGAUCUUGUACUCAGUGCUGCAGAUUAUUAUUUUUUUACACCGUACGUAUAUCCAGCCACGUGGCCAGAGGAUGACAUCUUUCGACAAACUAUUAGUCUCCUGAUUGUAACAAAUUUUGGUGCUUAUAACCUUUAUUUCUUCUUUGCAACACUGAAUUAUUAUUUUGUCUAUGAUCAUUCAUUAAUGAAACACCCACAGUUUUUAAAGAAUCAGGUGUAUCGAGAGAUCAUGCAUUCUGUCCAGUCGAUGCCAUGGAUAAGCAUUCCCACGGUUUUGCUAUUCCUGCUGGAGGUGAGAGGUUACAGCAAAUUAUAUGAUGGCAUAGGAGAGUUUCCAUCUGGCUGGAUUCACCUCAUUGUUAGUGUGCUGUCCUUCCUCUUUUUCACUGACAUGAUGAUCUACUGGAUCCACAGAGGCCUGCAUCAUAGACUUCUGUACAAGCACUUGCACAAACCCCAUCAUAUCUGGAAGAUUCCUACUCCGUUUGCAAGUCAUGCUUUUCACCCUAUGGAUGGCUUCCUUCAGAGUCUCCCUUACCACAUAUACCCUUUUGUCUUUCCCUUACACAAGGUCGUUUAUUUAGGUUUGUACAUCUUUGUCAAUGUCUGGACAAUUUCCAUCCACGAUGGUGACUUUCGUGUUCCCGAAAUCUUAAAGCCAAUUAUUAAUGGCUCAGCUCAUCACACAGACCACCACAUGUUCUUUGACUAUAACUAUGGACAGUAUUUCACACUGUGGGAUAGAAUUGGAGGCUCGUUCAAAAAUCCCUCCUCCUUUGAAGGGACUGGACCACUUACUUACGUGAAAAAGAUGACAGAAGAAGAGUGCAACAGCCGUGCAGGAAAUGGUUGUAAAAAUGGAAAAUCAUUCAGUGGAGACUUUACAAAGACUGAGUAGAUUAUUGCCCAGUUGUUGAAUAUUUUUAAUUAAGGAAAAUAAUCUAUGUACAGACAGCCAAGAGGCAUAGCACAGAAACAGUAUCAUUUGAAAGUCAGUGUUGUGGGCACAGCUGAGCAACGAUCAUAGUGGUAGAUCCAGGGAACAUGCUGUGAACACCAAGAUUUUAACUCUCUGCUUAAAAUACUGGAUGCUGGUCUAAGGGACAAGUGUCUUUCUAGCCAACAGGUCUGUAAUUUGUGUAGCCUCAAUGAUCUUUUACAAGGUAGAGGAUAAGUUACUGAGAGGACUAGGUUAUGUCCUUUUGCCUUAAUUCAUCCAUAUUCAUUAAGUAAAAUGCAUUGUGCUAAGACUAAACACCAUAACAAAGAAAUACUAGUAAAAAGACGAUUCCUUGUUUCAGAAUGGUUACGUAUUCAGAAUCAGUAUGGUAAUGAUGACAUGUUGUGCUUUGUCCAAGUGGAGACCUCAGUGUGGAAGAAAAAUCCCAGUAGAACAUAUUAGUGGCUGGAUGACUUGAUUAUUAGCAGGUGUAAUUAGAUGAUCGUCUUACUACACAGAAAACGCUCAUUCUCUGGGGGCAUUGUCAAAAAUUGCAUUUUCCCAAUGAAUAAUUAAAUUGGAAUUUUAAAAAAUAUUAAUGCUACCACAAUUUAAUCCAGAUCUGGGGUUAUUUAGAGAUUUCGAUGGUUAUUGUUUUAAACCAUUAUUUAAAAAGUGUAAAGUCAUGUGUAUCUGAUUAUAUUUAGAAAGGGAAAUUUGAUGCCCAGAUAAUGUAUUUGACACUCUGCUGGUUUUCCAAUUCUGUUGAUGCACUGCACUUUUGAUGUUUCAAAGUUACAAUCCUGUAAUUUUCUGUAGAAGGAAAUGAUUGCCAGAUAGUUAGGCCUGCCACUGAAGAUCAGUUUUGAAAUCUUAUUUUCCCUCCUCUGUCUUCACUUUUCCCCACUUCCUCUGCAAAAAGAUUUAACAGAUACUUCCAUAAAGAACUGUUAUGUGUUGUAACAUAAAUAUAUUGGGAAAAUACAGUUUGCAAAGGCAUUCUAUAAACUAUUUAUGUAAAAUCAAUAAAAGUUGAUUAUGAC